AGAUUCUCGCAGUCAUUUAAAAACCACGUGACGAACCAGCUGCACCGAUGGCAUCACAACCAGUAGGAAGAGCAGGUGAGGUCACGUGGUAACAGACGCAGGACAAAUCAAUGAAGCGGCUGAUGGGUUGCAGAUUUUCUUCAACCUGCGAGACCCGCAGGUUCCACAUUUAAAUCCCGCAUGACGAGGCGACCACACAGCGUUUCAUACAUAACGGAGACACCCACACACCUGAGACACGAGGUUCAAGUGCCGCGCACAGAUCACUUGAUUGUCCGCGUGUACGAGUUCUGAACGUUUCCAGCUGUGAACUGGAGGGUCGCUGAGCAUGGGGGAGUCUCGGCUCAUCGUGGAGGAGCUGCUGGCUCUGUGUCUCCAGAGGAUCACCAUGGAGGAGAACACUGUGAACAGCGAGCAGGAGAUGGUUGAAAUUGUGAAAAACUUUGAGACAGUCAGGAAGCGGUGGCUGCACGCAGAGUUGGAGCUGAAGAAGUACAAAGAGCUGCUGGUGAAGUCUGAUGUGGCCAAAGCUGCUCUGGAAGUCAAACUGAAACAUGCACGAAACCAGCUGGAUGUGGAGAUGAAGAAACGCUACAAGAUUGAAGGCGACUAUCAGUACCUGCAGAGGCAGAUGCAGCUCAUGUGUGACAUCCUGGUCCACGACAGUAAAUCCAGUGCUUGUCUAAAUGAUGAGCAGAAAUCUCUUUUGGCUGCGUUUGACCACAGAGGAGCGAAUGUGACUGUGCAGCGAAGCAGCAGGCGGUUGUCUGUGAUCGACGAGUCGUCCUUCCUGUCUGUCUGUCACUCUGACAUCAGCUAUGAUCGAACAGAUGAUGAUGUGGAUCUGGAUACAAGUGUGAUUAAACCCCUGAGAUCUCGAGCCAGGGAGAAGAGGCGCUCGUCGAUGGGACCGGCUGCCAGUGCUCCGGUUGGGAGGCGAGGGAGAAGUGGGAACGUGUCGGCAGAGCUGCUGGAAAGGAAAACUGUGGACAAGGAGGUGGAGACCAUUGUGAAGGCAUCGGUGACGACUCCGGACUCUGUAGGUCAAAUCCACAUGGUGGUGGGAAUCACACAGGAGACCCCCAAGAACCCAGCCCAAAUCCUCUCCCAGGAGUGUGCUGUUUCAUUGGGUGGAGAUCAGACAUCAGUGUGGAUUCCCUGUGAUGAGACGGUGGCUGAGCCUGAAGCUGAACCAAAGAUGGAGGGGAGAGCUGAGAAAAGCCUCAGACAUGUUUUUCUAUCAAAAACGGUGAUCCGGCCUGAGACCUGUUCACCAUGUGGUAAGAGGAUCCGCUUUGGGAAGAUUGCAGUGAAGUGCAGAAACUGCCGUGUGGCUGCUCAUCCAGAGUGCAAACAGAAAUUUUACGGCAGUUGCUCAUCCGCCAGCAGGGCAGGAAGUUCAACUCAGCAGAACUCAUUGGAGGGCUUUGCUCCGGUGAUCCAUCCCAGAGUUCCUCUGCUGGUGGUUGAGUGUGUGGCUGAGAUCGAGAGGAGGGGACUGGAGGAGAGAGGACUGUACAGAGUACCUGGAGGGGAGCGUCUGGUAAAGGAACUCCGAGAUCGAUUCAUCCAUGGGAAAACGCCGCUCAUGCUCAGUAAAGUACAGGACAUCCAUGUACUGUGUGGUCUUCUCAAAGACUUCCUGAGAAAACUGAAGGAGCCGCUAAUCACCUUCAAACUGCACAGGACCUUCACAGAGGCUUCAGAGCUGCCUGAUGAAGACAACAGCUGUGCCAUUGUGUACCGGGCCAUCGCAGAGCUGCCGAGGGCCAACAGAGAUACGCUUGCUUUCCUCAUGCUCCACUUACACAAAGUGAUGAAGAGCCCUCAGUGUCAGAUGGACCGGAAUAAUUUGGCCCGAGUGUUUGGACCAACUAUAGUGGGACACGGGAUGUCUGAGCCAUCUCCAACAACCAUCAUGAGAGACACAAAUGUUCAGCCAAAGGUUGUUUGUCGCUUGUUGUCCCUCCCUGAAGCCUACUGGAGGAGCGUCCUCGCCAUCCAGACAGACCAAAUCUCGUCCUCAUCCUACAACCAGGAUGGUGGACAUGGUCGCUUGUUUAAGCCGCUGACUUCUCCAGAGUUGAACAGCUACUAUAAAACGAGCAGCAGAGGAUCUCUGCGAGGGAAGAUCAGGAAUCUGGGUACUGCGCUCAGCAGCACUGGUCGAGUGGAACCAGUGAGGAGGUUCUUCACUUCACCCAGCUGAUCUACACUUUUACUGUAUACACUAUGUACUAUACACUGACAGUACACUGUUGGUAAACUUUUACCAACAGGAAAUGAUGCAAUAUGUCGGACUGUGUAAGAAAAUAAAUCUUGACGCUUUUCUACAAAUGUAAUGCUUUAAUAUUUCUUGUGUGCAUUGCAUUGCAGGAGAAAUAAUUCAAAAUUGACUUUUAGUCUGAUUAAACAUCGGCCACUUUUCCAUCAGUGUGAAGUCUGUGGUUACAACUGAAAAACAUGACAUGUAAAUCUGUCGAGUGUAAAUUUUAACACAGCUGUGUAUCUUUGAAUAUCUGAAAAAUAAAAGUGCCUAUAUGUUCUGUUCAAAAUAA